AUGGCCUACGAUCGCUAUGUUGCAAUAUGCAAGCCUCUGCAUUACCCCGUGGUUAUGAACAGGAAGGUGUCCACUGGACUGGCUGCUGGAUCCUGGCUCAGUGGUUUCCUCAUGUCCUUUGGUCACACCAGCAUGGUAUUCAUCUUACCCUUCCGCAGAUCCUACGAGAUUAAUCAUUUCUUCUGUGACAUCCCUCCACUGCUGAAGCUGGAGUGUGGAGACACCUCCCGCAAUGAAAUGGCUGUCUUCAUGGUGGUUAUGUCCUUUGUCACCUUUCCCUUCAUGCUGAUCCUCAUGUCCUACAUCUGCAUCAUCUCCACCAUCCUGAGGAUGCCAUCGGAGGAGGGCAGGCGGAAGUCCUUCUCCACCUGCUCCUCAUACCUCGUGGUGGUGACACUGUUCUAUGGCUCUGUUUGCAUUAUGUAUCUGAAGCCCAAUUCCUCCUACUCACCAGACACAGACAAGUUUCUCUUUCUGUCAUACACAGUCAUCACGCCCAUGUUAAACCCCAUCAUCUACAGCCUGAGGAACAAGGAGGUGGAGGGAGCAUUCUGGAAAAUGGUGCGGAGAAGAAGGUUCCAUUGA